GCUAUAUUCGGUCUCUUAGUCGCCUGUGGCAAUUACUUCUGCGCACAUCUUGUUAUGCCUACCAUUAAGUUGGCUAGUUCUGAUGGGGAGAUUUUUGAAGUUGAUAUUGCUGUUGCGAGACAGUCAUUGACUAUAAAGACAAUGCUCGAUGAGCUUGGAAUAGAGGAGGACAAUGAAGAGGAGCCAGUUCCUUUGUCGAAUGUCAACGCCGCUAUUCUUCGCAAGGUAAUCCAGUGGUGUACAUACCACAAAGACGAUCCACCUGCUCAAGAGGAUGAUGAAAACAAGGAGCGCAGAACAGAUGAUAUCCCAAGCUGGGAUCAGGAAUUUCUUCGAGUAGAUCAGGGUACACUAUUCGAGUUAAUAUUGGCCGCUAAUUAUUUGGAUAUUCGAGGCCUCUUGGACGUUUGCUGCAAAUCCGUUGCAAGCAUGAUAAAGGGUAAAACUCCUGAAGAAAUAAGAAAAACCUUCAAUAUUAAAUGUGAUUUCACACCACAAGAAGAGGAACAGGUGCGUAAAUUUCCUUUUUAUUGCCUUGCUCUAAUGGCUGCCGCAAAUUGCUUUCGCUAA